AUGGCAGAGUUCCAGACAAGCCAGGAAGAGUCCUUCGAGCUAUUGCAAUCCGGCAAAUAUAGCGACUUCGUAUUAACUUGCAAUGGAGUUGAAUGGAAUCUACACAGGGCCGUCGUCUGCAUAAAGUCGCCAGUCAUUGCGGCUGCGCUUGAUGGCCUAUUCGUUGAGGCCACACUCGGUCGUAUCUCGUCCGAUUUCGACGUCGCAACAAUGGCUCGUCUUGUCCAGUUUCUCUAUGUUGGAGACUAUUCCUCAUGUCCUCUGUGGGCUGGGACAUGGCCAUCCUUGGAGGUGCUCUGGGACGAGGUUAUGCAAAAUCAAUUGCAAGACUCGGGUCUACCUCCCUCACGCAGUCUGGAGGCCGAAAUCGGUCUGAACAUAGCUGCAGACUAUUAUAGGAUUCCAGCACUCUCAGCCCUGACGAGUUCUCGUGUGGAGGACCUGCUCAACCGCCAUUGGAAUGCGGCCAUAUUUCCAGCCAUUCUGAAGAAUGCUGAAGAUUCGGUAGCAGACAAGGGCUUGUGGCAGGUCAUGAUCGAUGGAGCUGCGACUCACAUGGACAGCCUGACGAAAACGAGAGAGUUCCAUGAGGUGGGGUGGAAGCAUGGGACGUAUGUGCAAAUUUUCUGUGCUUACGUCCGGAUGGCGGAAGCAGAAGGGAGAGAUAGGGAGAUGUCAAGCAUUCACACCGAUGAGCAACAACAUUCAGGUAUACAUGUACUGAUCUAG